GGGGUGCGUGUCCGUAGACUGGGUGGUGCACUUACAGACGUGCAGCAAAUCGUAUUCCGCGAAGGUUUAACUAUGCAAACCACGGCACGACGACAAGCGCGGCUGCGUCCAAUCAGGGUCGGAUUGAAAAGCCAUGGGCAGACGAACUCAUUAAUAUUAAGCAUGCUUCAGGUUCGAAAACCAAUGGAAAUAACAGAAGAGUGGACUUGACUAAUGAAUAGUUGACAGCUGCGAAAUGGAAAAGUAAAAGGAGAGAAAGCGCGAGGGAUGGUGUGAAGAGGAGCGACGCUAAGCCGCCAGCGCUGCAGCGUUACUCCGGAGAAUCCACAUGGAAUGCGUUAUCACAAUGAAAUCCUACGUUGUUUUUUUUUAAAGGUGUAUGAAUAAUUAACGAGUUGGACAAACGCGCAGCCAAAAAAACAGUGCGAUACUGGGAUUUCGAAUCGAUACGAGGGAAUAAGGUAAAAGGGGAAAAGUAUGUACCGUGCAUUAUCCUUCCCAAUGACGGCGGAGCGUAGUCGGAAUAAGGAGCGCCUAGAGGCGAGCUUAGCCGGUCUGCGCGAACUGGAGCUGCUGAAGCAGAGGCAGGAGUUCCUGGUGCUCAGAGCGCUGUCCCUCGGAGACGCCACCCCGGGGCAUGCCUCUUGGGGUGACCUCCAGCCACCCCGCUCCGCCCCCCCGGCCCUUAACCGAGCGCAAGACGACUUGACUUUGAGACGUCAGCUGAACAGCCUGCAGUGCGCAUCCUGGGGCCUGAUGGCGGAGCUGGAGCAGCAGGUGGGGGAGCUGAGGGUGGAGGCGGAGCCUGUCUGUGACGAGCCACCUGGCGACAAGGGAGACAGCCGGCCCAGCUCAGGGUUCUACGAGCCCAGCGAGGUGCAGUCCUCGGCCGGCCUGUCCGACUCCUCAGUUUUCGGGGAGCUCUCCCCCGGCCCCGUCCGGGCAGUGAGGGCCGCCUACGCCGGCGAGAGGCCCAAGUCUGUGGGGGAUGUGUUCGUGGCGAACCGGGACGGGCUUUUGGAGACCGGCCCCCUUUCCCUGGUGCCGCGCUCCUUCUCGGCGCCGUACCCGUCCCUGGAGGGCAUCGAGGAGGGCCUGGGCGAGGAGGAGGCCUGGGUGUGGGACCCCAGCGGUCCCUCGGGCCUGGAGGACGAGCCCACGGCCGAGGACUACCAGCAGGCCCGGCGGGUGCACUCCUACAUCCUGGGCCUGAUCCAGCGCCGGGCCCUGCCCCAGAGGCCCUGCAAGCCGCGCACCAGCCUGGGGCCCGACUUCCGCGCCGUGGCCCGGCAGAGCAGCCUGUGCCGCAAGGAGCCCGAGCUCCGGCCCGCGGCCCCCGAGGGCCCCCCCGUCUGGGCCUGCCGCGGCCCCGAGCAGGAGGAGCCGUACGGGGGCCCGGAGGAGCCCCUGCCUGUGCUCUACGCCCGCCCCAGGCCCACCUGCCUGGCGGGGAUCCGGUCCGCCUCGCUGGACUUCCCCUGCGGAGCGCGGGACCCCGCGGCCGGGGAGGGGGACUCGCCCCGUUUCCACGGCUACCCGCCGCCGGAGGACCGGCUGGUGAACGCCCAGUACAUCCCCGCCCAGCCCUGCCGCGCCCCCGCCCGAGGCCCCGCCCACCGGGCCCCGCCCCCUCCCCCGCCCAAACCCGGCCGGGCCUCCUGCUCCCCGGAGGGGCCGCCCCAGAGGGCCCGGCCCGCCCCCAAAAAGUGCCGCCUGAGCGAGGAGCGGGCCCCGGGCCCCCGGAAGCCCAGCCGGAAGGCGUGCCGCUCGCAGUCGGAGAACAGCCUGGUGGGGGGCCAGCGGGGGGGCGCGGCCGAGCGCAAGUACAACACGGUGGAGCGGGACGGGGGGCGGGGGGGCCAGCCCAGGACCAGGCGGCCCCCGCCGGUGGGCGCCGGCUGCCGUCGCUGGCGCUCCACGCUGGAGCUGAGCCAGGACGAGGCCGAGCUCCCGGGCGACCAGGCGCCGCGACGGGCGGCCCGCAAGCCCCGCCUCCCGCCUCCGUACCUCUACGGCCACGCCCACGGCCCCGCCCUCCCACCGCACCCCCGCCACCUGGCCGAGUACCUGGAGCGCGGGCCGCCGUGCCGGCCGGAGGAGGGCUACGCGCCGCCGCCCCCCGGUGGUGAGUCCGAGUCCAGCCUGAGCGAGGCCGACUCGCCCGGCUCCACCUCGCUCUCCAGCGACUCGGAGGAGAGCGGCGGGGGCCUGGUGUGGCCCCAGCAGCUGCCCCCGCAGCUGGCCCCGCCCUCAGUCUCGCCCCCCACCCCGCCCGGGGCCGCUCCCCCCAAGGCCUUCGUCAAGAUCAAGGCCUCUCACGCGCUCAAGAAGAAGAUCCUGCGGUUCCGAACGGGGUCCCUCAAAGUCAUGACCACCGUCUGAAACUACAACUCCCACAAUCCCCUUGUACAGCUGCCUUAUCUGUCUGCACCAUGCCCAACACUGCAAAAAAGUCUGUCUUAACAAGUGUUUUAGUCUUGUAACGUGUCUUAAAAUCUCUCAAGUAGAAAAUAUUUGCUUGUUUUCAGUUACUAUUUUUGACAAUUGAAAUCGCCUUAACCCAUUGCCAAUCCUUGAAAAGAUUUUAAGGCACUUUAAAAUACUAAAAAACUUGUUAAGAUUGACUUAUUUUUUGAGUUUUGCAGUGAUUGCGUGUCUCCGUUGACCACGCAGGCGAAAUGCUUCAGAGUUAUUCCAUCCCCCGCUCCCUCCCCUUAACCGCUUGUUUCUAAGAGCCGACGCCGCGCGCCUCGUUAAAGUUAACGACCGCGCUAAUGACUCAUUGUGGGGCACUCCGGCGAUGCUACGCUAAAGCAGCGGGGGUCCCCUGGUUCACCUCCGGCCCCAGUCGGCCCCUGCCGGUGCCAGACGCAGGGGCCAUGCCCGUGAACCGGAGGGAUUCGACCGGAGAAAUGUCCUCCUUUCUCGCUCACCUCCGCUCCGCCGCUGCUCUCCGGCCUGAGUGGGGCCGCUCCCAGCACGCAGCGGACUCCCAUGAUCCCCUGCCACGCACGCAGCGGAACCACACCUGUAAAUGUCUGUACAUACCCACGAGGCCUUGUGUUUAUGAAUGUAAUCCUGUGCGUGAGGAGACGUGACCGACGGCAGUAUUAACUGAACCCUUCGGUUAGCGAACCCGUAGGGACAAAGGCACACACACACACGCACUCAUACACACACACGCAUGCACUCACACACACACGCACUCAUACACACACACACAUGCACUCACACACACGCA